AUGGAUCAGAGCUACAAAGCUCGCAAGGAGGCCUUCGUGUCUAACCUUGCCGGCAGCACAAUACUCGAAAUCAACGCAGUUACCCUAGUCGCUUCAACAGCUGUCAUCCUUUGGUCCGCUCUCCAAUCCAGGCUGUCAUUCUUCACACCAUACGGACCUGCAGCAAUCGCGACCGACUUCAUUCUCAAUGUUUUAGCCAUACUGUUCGCAACGACCGCAUACUCCUCCGCACCCCUCCUCCUCAACAUCUUUCUUGUUUCCCCCGCCGUCCUACUAUUCCUUACUCGGCACAGCCAGCGCCCUCCCCAGAAAGCCAAACCACCCCGCAAAUCCAAGGCCAAAAAUGAUAGCUCCCAGGAGGGCCAGUCGGCCUUGCCUAUCCACCCAUUCUUGACGACGUAUCGUGCUGCCAUGAUGAUCGUUACCUGUGUAGCAAUUCUGGCUGUCGACUUCCGCGCGUUCCCACGCCGUUUUGCCAAGGUGGAGAACUGGGGAACGUCUCUCAUGGACCUAGGCGUGGGCUCCUUCGUGUUCUCCGCGGGUGUGGUGUCUGCACGCGCGGUUCUGAAGGGUCGGGAGUCGAAGACCCCGAAGGCGGCCCUGCAUAGGAGAUUGAUUGGCUCUGCUCGGCACUCCAUUCCUCUGCUUGUGCUGGGCCUCAUUCGACUUUGGAGUGUCAAGGGAUUGGAUUACGCGGAGCAUGUCACUGAGUAUGGCGUGCAUUGGAACUUCUUCUUCACACUUGGCUUCUUGCCUCCUUUUGUAGAGAUUUUCGAUUCCUUGACUACAUUGAUCCCCUCAUACGAGGCACUUGCGCUUCUGACUGCGGCUCUUUACCAAGUCGCCUUGGAGUCCACUGAUCUCAAGGGCUACAUUCUUGUGUCUCCUCGCGGGCCGGAUCUUCUAUCCAAGAACCGCGAGGGUAUAUUUUCAUUCAUUGGAUAUCUUGCAAUCUUCCUCGCCGGGCGGGGUGUUGGAAUUCGCAUUAUUCCUCGUGGUACUUCGGCUACAAAAUCACCACAACAAGCGCGCAAGUCUGUCCUGACAAGCUUGAUCCUGCAGGGAAUGUUCUGGUCGACCAUGUUCUUCUUCAAUUCCACCUACGCAUUUGGUCAUGGAGCCAACAUUCCUGUAUCACGUCGACUAGCCAACAUGCCGUAUGUGCUGUGGGUUUCGGCUUUUAAUAGCGUGCAGCUUUUCCUUUUCUGCUUGACUGAGACUGUCUUCUUCCCGAUGGUUCACCGCGCAACUACCAAGGAAGGCGAGGGGGAGCAAACAACCUUUGCGACCAGUCGGAUCCUGCACGCCUUCAACCGCGGAGGCCUUGCGCUGUUCCUCAUUGCGAACCUCCUCACCGGAGCAGUAAACUUGAGCAUUCCCACAUUGGACCUGAAUACGCCGCAGGCCAUGGGCAUUUUGGUUCUCUAUGCAGCAGUGCUCACUGCUGCUGCUUUGGGAAUGGACAAGUACAACAUCAAGUUGAGCUUGUAA